CAACUGUUAAGGACUGUGCUGCUGAAGUGCAAGAAUAUGACAGUGAUGGACAGAAUGCAGCUUUGGAAAAAUGCUGUCAAGCUCUAACAUGGCAACCAUAUCAAACUUCUCAGUGGAACAGCUUAUUUAACUCCAAUUAUGAAAAACUACCUGCCGUAGGAUAUCACAUUGUCACGGAUAAAGGAUUUAAUUUUUCAACAACAGAUGAUGCCUUUGUGUGCCAGAAGAAGAAUCAUUUCCAAAUCACAGUCCAUAUUGGAAUCACUGGACAUCCAAAAUAUGUCAAAACUCAGCUGGAGGGGAAACCAAUAGAAAAGUUUUGCUUGAAAGCUUUUGGAAUAAAGGUAGAAGCUCCAAAUCAAACAAUUGCUAUUGAACAGUCUCAGUCAGAUCGAAGCAAAAAAACUUUCCAUCCUGUUAAAGUUGAUCUGCCAGGUGACCAGAUAACUAAAGUGACACUGGGGAGGUUGCAUUUCAGUGAAACAACAGCAAACAAUAUGAGAAAAAAGGGGAAACCUAAUCCUGACCAGAGGUACUUCAUGCUGGUAGUUGGACUGUAUGCUGUCUCUCAGGACCGAUUCUACCUACUAUCUGCAAAUGUCUCUGAAAAGAUCAUUGUGAGGGCAUCUAACCCAGGGCAGUUUGAGAAUGACAAUGAUGUACUAUGGCAGCGAGGACAUGUUCCAGAGACGAUAGUCUGUUAUGGUCGAGUAGGAAUUAACACAGAUGCACCAGACGAAGCACUGGUUGUCUGCGGAAAUGCAAAAGUUAUGGGCAGAGUCAUGCAUCCAUCUGACAGCCGAGCAAAACAGAAUAUCCAGGAGGUCGAUACGACUGAGCAGUUGAGAAGAAUAACACAAAUGAGGCUGGUGGAGUAUGACUACAAGCCUGAAUUUGCAUCUGUUAUGGGAAUAAAAAAUACCCACGAAACAGGAAUAAUAGCCCAGGAAGUGAAGGAACUUUUACCCCAAGCUGUUAGAGAAGUUGGAGAUGUUUCUUGUAAUGAUGGAGAAAAAAUAGAAAACUUCCUUAUGGUUGACAAGGAUCAGAUCUUUAUGGAGAAUGUUGGUGCUGUAAAGCAGCUUUGUAAACUAACCAACAACCUUGAAGUCAGAAUAGAAGAACUGGAACAGUGGAAUAGGAAACUGGCCAGGCUGAAACGGAUGAGCAGUUUAAAGUCAACAGCCAGUGAAGGGAGCAAAGCCAGUGGGUGUAGUCGAGCUACUAGUCUUUUGCCAUCAAAAAAAUCAGUCCUGCUAAAAUCCAGCAAGGUCUGUUUGUCAAAGAGGAAAGAGUCUUGCUCCAUGAAGAUUUUCUGGGUGACUAUAAUAGCUUUGAUUGCUAUUAUGGCACUAUG